AUGGCAUUUUCUACAAGCUUCAGUCACACAAAGGGUUCUAGGGAGUUUAAUGGCAGUUUAUACAAUCUUAUUACAGAGACGAAAAAUUGGUAUGAUGCUAAGGAAAACUGUGAAAGUCUUGGUGGAAAUUUGACUGAUAUUAGAUCAAGUGCUGAGCAGGAUUUUAUCAUUGAACUUUUUGAUGUGUACGUUAAAGUUUGGACAGGUGGUUCAAAUGCUGUGGACGAGAACACGUUUUCUUGGUUAGAUGGAUCUGCAGUCAGCUCCGGAUACACAAAUUGGGCUCCUAAUCAGCCUUGGCACCCUUGCGGAGGAAUUCGUUGUAUAAGUGUGUUACAGACCUGGUCAUACAGAUGGAACGAUGAAGCGUGUGAUAACAAGAUGCGCAGUGUCUGUAAAUUCAGUUAGAGUUAACACACCAACUCUGAUGUGAUAGCAAAGUUUAAUUUGGGAAAUAGAUUUUAGUUUUACCUGAUUUGUUGGCAAAUAAAGCACGUUUUUUUCGUUCAGAUGACACGUUUUUUUCGUUCGAAACGUGUUUUAAUUGACAAGACAAUACAUGGUAAAAUCUUUCUUUGUUUAUAUAAAAGAAAACCUUAAAAGUGUUAUAAUUAGAUUUAGGUCACAUUUUGUUAAGGUAAAUUCCCAAACUUCUUCGACACAGUAGAUUUAGAGCAAAAAGCCUGUUUAUGCAAAAUGCCCGAAAUUUAAAAUCUAGGCCAUCUCUGUCCGUGCUAACACUGACGGAUGCACCAGAAACAUAUUUGGAUGAUAAUAUCAACCCGUGUUCUAUGUGUUACCGAAUGAUUCAAAAAGUGUUAUAUUUAUAUUGAAAAAAAAAUACUGAAACUAUUUAGUAUAUGGCAUAAAUACAUGAACGGGAU